AUGUGCAAUAAUGACUCACAUCCUGAACAUCAUCAAGUCGAAGGAAGUGGAAGGGAAGCAAAAGCGAUUAAAAGAGGGAAGGGUAACUUUAACAAACAAAAACUUUCGAAGCAUCUUAAAAAUUUAGGCAAAGAGUAUGUUUCUCUAAAAAUAAAAAAUGCUAAAGCUAGAAGUUUGAAGCCGAGAUAUAAGGAAGAUGCUUGCAAAAAAUUGGGAUGUCUAUGUUCAACAAUACAGGAUUCGCAAUACUAUGGUCUUGGAGAUAUUAAGCGCCAACGUGACGCCAGUGUGAAGAUAAAAUUAGAAGAAAAAUUUAUUAAACAUACUGCAGAGAAGAAUGCUGUUAGACAACUGAAAGAAAAGUCAAAGAAGAUGGCUGAAAACGAUACUACAUUUUUGUGUGCUUUUUUUAUCUACAGCAGCUUGCAACGGCGGCUCUUUCAGUUGCAGUUGGAAGAUAGGGAGUCAGCUGAACACACUGAUUUAGUUCUUCACACAGACGUCAGGUGGUUGAGUCGCGGAAAGUUCCUACAAAGGUUUCAAGAAUUAUUGCCCGAAAUAACAGCUUUUCUAGACGAAAGAGGUGGUGACACUCAGAUUUUGAAAAACGAAAAAUGGCUGACUGAUUUGGCAUUUUUGACUGACAUCACAAUGCACUUAAACAUCGUUAACUUGGAGCUUCAAGGUAAAGGAAAAACUAUUAUUGAGAAGAUUAGCGCAGUAAACGCAUUCAAAAGUAAAUUGCAACUCAUGAUAGAUCAACUGAAAAGAAAGGAUCUGAAACAUUUUCCGUCUUUGAAAGCAAGGAUUCCUCAGUUUAAUUAUGAUACGUGGUUGUGGGCGUUAAAGUCGCCUAAGAUUAAUCGAGGACUCGGAAUAGUUGUUUACGGUUGA